UUAUUAUACAAAUCGUUUAAAAUAGUUAAUCUGCGGCUUUAUAUUUCGCUGUUUAUUUUACUCAGAUUAGCUCGUUGGCAAAAAUACCAAGCGCCUUAGGUGUGUCCUUGUUAGGCUUCCGUUGUAGGAUUCUGUUGUAAAAUAUGGCGGAUAAGAAAAUAGCAGUGCGAUCACAGGAUCCCAACCAGAGGCGUGUGCUGGAUAACGCCACUCGCCAGCGGCGUUUGACACGUCAGCUGGAAGCGCUCGAGAAGGACAACUUCCAGGACGAUCCGCAUUCCAGCAUUCCUCAGCCCGUCAAACGACUGCCACAGUUUGAUGAGAGUAACGAACCAGGGAAGAGAAGGAAGAAGACCAGAGGUGACCAUUUCAAACAGCGCUUCAGGAAGAACUUUCAGGCUCUGCUUGAGGAGGAGGAACUGAGUGUAAGCGAGGGUCCUAAUUAUCUGACGGCGUGCGCCGAGCCCUCGCAGCUCCCGCAGCGACAUUUCUGCGCCGUCUGCGGCUUCCCCUCCAACUACACCUGUGUUUCCUGCGGCGCUCGCUACUGCUGUAUACGCUGCUUAGCAACACACCACGAGACCAGGUGUCUGAAAUGGACCGUAUGAUUCCACGCUGGAUUGAAACAGUCGAUCCCCUCAGCUCAGAGCUAGCGUCGGGCUUCCGUUCCCAUGUGAUUAGGUUCCUUACCUGAAUUCUGCAGAGUAAAAUCAAACCAGGAACGUUUCCAUGCUUGGCGUCACUGCAGAUUUGGAAGGCUGGUGAAUUUUGCAAGAGAGGACAGUGACAGUCUGAGGAAUGAUGGGUCCUCACUAUUGUCCACCACAGACUCUUUCUUUGUAUUUUGAGCUUACCAGCUGACCAUAUUGACUGAAAUGCAAUGCAAUUAGGUGAAAGGUAGAAGGUCUAAUGUACAAGUCUGUGAUUAUCUAGGAAAUCAAAUCUCUAGAGGCAAUAAAACAUCAGAUUUACGUUGUCAUGACCUUAAUCAUCCAGAGUAUCUUCUUUACUUUUGCAGCUAUACAUAAGAAUAAAGCAAGCGCUUCAGUAUAGUUCAGAUUUUUGUCAGUAUCACAAAAACACACACCUCGGGCUCUUCCUCAUUCAAAUAUCUCGUCAUUUAAGUUUAACUUGUAAUUAAAUGAUUAACCUGCAAUAAAUAUUGUGAAUAUA